AGGCCAGGCAAGCUAAAGCUCUCUCAUCAUCAUCAUCAUCACCAUCAAUGGCGACGAAAUCAGCGGCGACGGCGACAUCCUCCCUCGUGCAAAACCUGAGGCGUUACAUCAAGAAGCCAUGGGAGAUCACCGGACCUUGCGCUCAUCCGGAGUACCUGGAAUCUGUCCCGAAGGCGACGGAGUAUCGUAUCAGAUGCCCCGCCACGAUCGACGAAGAGGCGAUCGUGCCGACCUCGGAUCCCGAGAAUGUGUACAGCAUCGUAUACCACGGCCGAGAUCAGCGCCGCAACCGCCCGCCGAUCCGGCGCUAUCUGAUGAAGAAGGAGGACGUGGCGCAGAUGAUGGACGAGAAGAAGACGCUCGAGGAGACGGACUUCCCUAGGGUUUACUUGACGACCACUGUGGAGGAGGACGAGAACGCGCGUGGAGGAGGCUACGAGACGGACAAAUAGGCUUUUUUCUAGUCUCUCUUUCAUGUAAUCUUCUGAUGGGGGGAAGGACUGCGUGCGAUAUAUCUCCUUGCGGACAAAAAAUAUUCUCCCUGGUUUGCUUUGUUUAAUUAAGAUUUUAUGUACUACACAAAACAGUGUUUUCCUUCAUAAGAACCAAAUUGUUGUUCAGUUAUAUUCUCUUAUGUUUACGUUCUAUGAUUAGCUCAUGAUUGUUCAA